AUGUUUAAUCUAUAAAAUGGUUUUGAUUUAGAAUAAGAUAUAGAAUUAAAGGCUGUGUAGAAUGAAGACUUUGAAUAAUAAUAUUUAGGACAAUGUUUGCGAGAUACAAAAAAAGAAUAUUCAUUGUUUCCAUAAGUUGCUAGUAGAACAUUGAGUCCCAGAAGUUUAGAAGCUAAAUAUUUACAUAGUCCAAAUUCUCUUAAUUCAAAUUCUGAAGAGAACAUUCUGGCUUCAAAUAUGUAAACACCUAAAGUAGCAGUUUUAUAAACUCGAGAUUCAAGUAGAAGAAGUUAAGGAAAUGCAUAAUUAAGUUAAACAAAUGCAUAACCAAGUUUUAUGUUUUUAUUUUACAUUGGACGAUUUGUAGAAAAGCUAUCCAUUAAUCGUAAAAGAUUGGGAAGUCUAAGCGAGGCUCAUUUUAAUUUGAUUGGAGACAAAGCUUCUGAUGUGUAUAAAAUUCAUUUAUUCUCUUUUAGGCAAAAUUUAUUUACUUAUUCUAAACGUGUUAGUUAAGCUGGAUUUAAUCUAAAGAGAAUGAAAACUCUUUUAGAUUUAGAUAGGGUAAGGAGAGAUACCUCAACUUUUGAAUAAGUAAAGGAAAAUUUUAAAAAAUUGAGAAAACCAAUAUUGAAUUGUCUAAAUGCAAUAAUCCAUAAGAUUCCUAUCAUUUAACCAGAAUCAAUAUUUAAAAUGUAUUGGGAUAUCUUUACAUCCUUUUUUAGAUUAAUUCUUUUAGUUUUAGUUCCUCUAGAAAUAGCUUUUAAACCUGAAAUACUCUUUAAUAAUCUUAUUUAAUUGACUUAUGUUAUCCUCAUAAUUCUAUAAUUAGAUUUUCUAAUAAGAUUAAAUACUCUUACAUAUAGAAAUGGGAUAGCAAUUAAAGAUAAAUGGGAAUUGGUUAUACAUCAGUUAAAAAAGGAGUUUCUUACUGAUUUUUCAACUUCUUUGAUAUUAAUCAUAUUUAUGAUUAUACCUGAUAUGAAAACUAAAGCCAAUUUAUUUUUAUUAUUAAUUUUAGCCUAAAAUAAAUAUGUUUAUGAAACAUCUGCUAAAAGUGAUUAAAUUUCAUAUUUAACAAGACCAUAAAGAGGUAUUUUUGGAUUAUUAAAAUUUAUAUUAACCCUUCUCUAUAUUUUGCAUUUAUUUAGUUGCAUAUGGUUUUAUUUCAGUAGUAUAAGUCUUGAAGAUUCAUGGAUCAGAUUUAAUGAUUUAGAAGGAAAGAAUUGGGAAGAGUAAUAUUUAUAAGCACUUUACUUUGCUGUUGUAACUAUGUUAACUAUUGGUUAUGGUGAUAUGGUACCAAAAAAUGCUAUUGAAAAAAUUAUUACAAUGUUAUUUGUUUUGGGAGCAUGUAAUUUUAUAAUAAAUCAAUUAGGUUUAUGGGUUUCUCUUAGUGUAAAUUUUAUUGGCAGUAUUAUUGAUGAUAUAACUUAAAAUCAAGUAGAGAGGAAUCGAAAAAUGAGAGUUAUAAAUAAAUAUAUGAAUUAAAGAAAGAUACCUUUUAAUUUAUAACAUUAGUAUUAUAAUUGUUUAUCAUUUAAAUUAGAGUAAAAGAAUAUUUAACAUUCAGAUGGAAAGAAGAUGAUGAAGUUGAUCUAGAAAUGGAACAAAAAUUAUUGGAAUAAUUAUCAGAUGAAUUAAAAGAAGAAUUAAAUAAAUAGGCUCAUAAAGUAUAUAUAGAUAAAUCAGACUUUUUAAAAAAAAAUUUUAGUGAAGAAUUACGAAAUGCUUUAUUUAAAUCUAUUAAAAGAAAGAUUAUUCCUCCUUAGGUUGCAUUUUCAACUGAAUUUGAUAAUUAAUAACAUCUAUGUUUUGUUGAAUAAGGACUUAUUGUUUAUUAGAAUCCAGAAAAUAAAUAAAAAUUUAAAACGAAUGCUGUCAUCAAUUAAGGUUAAUUUUUUUGUGUAAAUGAUUUUAUUAUUAAUAAUCCGUAGAUGGAUCUUUUUAAAUCUAUUGGAUAUACGAGUCUAUUGAUAUUAUCUAAAUCAGAUUUUAUUAAAACAUUAAAAGAUUAUCCUGAUGAUUUUUAAAAAUAUUGUUAAUUAAAAGAAAACUUAAAUUUAAGUUAUAUGCCUCCUAUUUUAGAAAAUGGAUAAUUUUGUCCAGCUUGUUAAAAUUUUAGACAUUCAUUAAAUAGAUGUACUUAAGUUCUAUUCGUACCAAAUAGAGAAGCUGUGAUAAAAAGAUAUUGUAUGGUUGAAAAUCAAUAAGCUAAUAAAUCUUUUAAAAGAUAAGAAAAUUUUAAAUAAGAUUGGAGACAUACAAGAUCUAUGAAAGAUAUUUUAUAAUAAUUUGCAACAGCGUUUUAAAGUGAGAAAUAAUAGAUUAUUUCAAUAUAAUCUAAAGUUUAAUUGAAUGUAGAAUGGGGAUCAGAUUCAAAUUCAUCUAUUGAUGAUGCAUAAUCUCCUGGAUUUAAGAUUCCAUAGAAUUCACCUAUUUUUGAGGCAUAACAUAUAAAAUAAUCAAGAAAAAGUAGAAUAGUAGCUGAUUUAUAAUCUCAUAAUAAAAUUGAUACUAGAUAAAAUUUAAAUUAAGCUCUUUAGAUAAGAAAAUAAUCAAUUUUAUCAGGAGGAAUAUCAUUGGGUUUUAGUAAAGGUAAUUCUCCAAAAAAUAAAAUUGAGAUUCCAUUUAUUGAUGAGAUUAAAGAAAGUGAUAAUUCAGAAGAUGAUGAUGAUGAUGAUGAUGAUGAAAGUGAUUAAUCAACACACAAAUAAAAUGAUGAUAUUGUUGAUUAUAAAAAAGAGUUAGAAAAAAUAGCAUAAGCUACUUAAAAUUUUAAUGAUGAUAUGUAAGAAAAUAUUACAAAUUUAUAUCAUUAAUUACAAACAAAUUUAGAAUAAAAUUAAAAUGAUACUAUUGUUCGAAAAGCAUUAUAAUAGUUAGAACCACUCUAUUGGUCAUUAAAUUAAUUAAAAUUUGAUGAAUUUGAAUCACAAUCUUAAUUUGAUUAUUAUUUUAAUUAAUAAAACGCAAAAGAUGUCAUUAUGUUUAUUAAAAAUGAUAUAUUUUAAUGGGAAAAAAUAUUAUUAGACAGAAUGAGAAACUUUAUGUAUUAUCCAUUUCAAUAUAUAUUAAAUUUUAUGAGAAUGAGAAGAAAUGAAACUAUAAAAAAGUUAAAACCUGUAGUUGCAAAUGUAUAAAGUAAUUUUGGUGAUUUCAAGAAGAAUUUAAAGUUUAAAAAAAAAUCAACUUUAGUUAAAUAAAGUUUAAAAUUUAGUUCUAUAGUUCCAGAUAAUAGUAAAUUUAAAGGUAAACAAUUCAAAUGA